AUGGACCAGCUUGAUUCGCCAGCAUCGGUAUCUCUAUCAUCGGCAACAUCCAAUUCAAAGCAGUUUAUAUGGCUACUCACAGGCCCCGCAGGUUGUGGCAAGAGUACUAUUGGAAUGUUUCUGGCACAGGCAAUGAAUUUGCCAUACAUCGAGGGUGAUGAGUUUCACUCGACUACCAACAUUGAAAAAAUGUCACAAGGAAUUCCACUAAAAGAUGCCGAUCGAUGGGACUGGCUUGCAAGUCUACGAAGUUCUGCGCUCCAAUUCCUAGCAGCUGGCCAUCCAGGUGUAGUACUUAGCUGUUCGGCUCUCAAGCGAAAGUAUCGUGACGUCAUUCGAGCCAUCCCAUACCUGCGCAAUCAAGUCUCAGUAUACUUUUUUUACUUGGAUGCUCCGGAAGAUGUACUACUUGCGCGUGUCCAGUCCCGAAAGGGUCAUUUCAUGGGACCUGAGAUGAUAACGAGUCAACUUAGCAUAUGGGAACCACCAGAUGAAAAAGAAACAGACAUCUUUCGUGUGAAUGUCAACCGGCCUGUAGACCAAGUUAAAGAGGAUGUAUUGAAGAUGUCGCAUAACCUGAUUCACUACUCGUUAAAGGUUGGUUGGCGCAAGGAAUAA